UUUUAAGAAAAUGGCAGACAAACCAGACAUAGGGGAAAUCGCCAGCUACAAUAAGGCCAAGCUGAAGAAAACGGAGAUGCAGGAGAACACCCUGCUGACCAAAGAGGCCAUUGAGCAGGAGAAGCGGAGUGAAAUUUCCUAAGAGCCUGGAGGAUUCCCCACCCCUGUCAUCUUCGAGACCCCAGUAGUGAUGUGGAGGAAGAAUCACCACAAGAUGGACACAAGCCACAAGCUGUGCU